CUACACUCUUGUUUGUGCUGUAACUGCUCCACCGGACACAGAAGGUUGAUAGCUAUAAAAUCUUCAACGUCCCAAAAUCAGCUUGGAUAUUCUUAUUCAUCUCCAUCACCCUGAAGCCUCCACACACAGAAGCACAAUACUAUGGCAAGUCUAGCUGCUAAACUGGCCAAAGAUAGGGCCACAGCCUCAGGGGUUGGGGCCAACGAGAAUCCAAGAAAAUACUUAAACCAAGACUUGGAGGAACUAAGGGCACAAUGCUUGUCAUCAAAGACUUUAUUUGAAGACCCUACAUUUCCUGCUGUUCAAUCAUCUCUUGGAUUCAAAGACCUGGAUCCUAAAUCUCAGAAAGUUCAAGAUAUUGUCUGGAAAAGACCCUUGGAAAUAAAACCCAACCCCCAGUUCAUUAAAGAAGGGGCGACUCGUGCAGAUGUCUGGCAAGGAUCGUUAGGUGACUGCUGGUUUCUAAGUUCUGUUGCAUCCCUGACUCUGAAUGAAGACUGUCUCCGCCGUGUUGUCCCCAUGGACCAGAGCUUUGACACCAACUAUGCAGGAAUCUUUCACUUUAAGUUCUGGCAGUAUGGCGAGUGGGUGGAUGUCAUUGUGGAUGAUCGGCUGCCUACUAAGAAAAACAAUCUACUGUUUGUCAAGUCCACCGCGGCUAACGAGUUCUGGAGCGCCCUCCUGGAGAAGGCCUAUGCCAAGUUGAACGGCUCAUAUCAAGCACUCAGUGGAGGUUUACCAUUAGAAGCUCUAGAGGACUUCACCGGUGGAAUUGGUGAACUGUAUUCUUUCGAAAAUGCUCCACAGAAUCUGUUUCAGAUAAUCCAAAAAGCCUUAAGACGGAAGUCGCUGGUCACAUGUAGCACAAAAUCUGACUCUGGAACAGAGACCGUUGUCAGCACUAAUAUAGUCAAGAAUCACACGUAUUCACUGACUGGAGCAGAAGAGGUCUUCUAUCGUGGUGGAACGGUCCAGAUUGUGAGGGUGAGGAAUCCCUGGGGUUAUAAAGAAUGGAACGGAGCCUGGAGUGAUAGUGCACCACAAUGGGAAGAAAUUGACCCAAAGGUGAAAGCCAACUGUAAAAUCGAGUGUGACGAUGGUGAGGCCUGGAUGCCAUUUUCUUCCUUUGUUGUUGAAUUUUAUCGAGUGGAAAUAUGUCAUCUAACUCUGGACAACAUAUGCUGCAAUGAAAACCAUAAGUGGUGCCUAACAGAAUUCUCAGGCUCCUGGACCGCUGGAUUCUCUGCUGGAGGGUGGAAGGGCAGCCCAAACUUUUGGACCAACCCCCAAUUUCGGAUCACACUGGCGGACCCUGAUAUGGAUGACACAGGAGUUACAGAUAAAUCAUUGUGUACCGUCAUUGUUAGCCUAAUGCAGAAGGAUCGAAGACGGAAGGAACAUGAAGCAGGGGGUUUUCAUUGCAUUGCAUACUAUAUAUACAAGAUCCCCAAUGAGACGCCAUCCAAUGUUCAAAUGGGGAAAGAUUUCUUCAAGAAAAACAAAGAAUUUUCUCGAACAGAUGCCUUCAUAAGCAACCGUGAAGUGUCCAAACGUUUCCAGCUCCCGGUCGGAAAAUACAUGAUUGUGCCGGCAACGUAUUAUCCCUCUGAAGAGGCCGAUUUCUUUCUACGCAUCUUCACGAAGACAAAAGCUGAACCUUUAGAAAUUGGCAACAUGGUGGAUGCUAAAGUAUAUGAGCAUUUAGUGAGUUCAAGCCCAGAUACAGAGGACCAGAAUAGAGCAGAGGAGCAGCAUGAAGACAAAGCUGCAUUUAAAGCUGAGGAUCUAAAAAGUAUCUUAAAUAAGUUAUUAUCGAAACGUGAUGAAUUCAAGUCAGAUGGAUUCAGUCUGAAAACUUGUAAAGAAAUGAUUAAUCUUCUGGAUGUGGACAUUACGGGGACCCUGAGCAAUGAAGAAGUCAGCAUUCUCCAGAAAAAGCUGAAACACUACAUGAAAAUCUUUUUAGAAGCCGACACAAACUUCUCUGGAUCUAUUGAUGCCCAUGAAAUGCGGAACGCCCUACAGAAAGCAGGUUUUAGCCUCAAUAACAGGAUUCAAGAAGUCAUCGUCCGGAGCUACGUCUCCGCUGAACUGUCUAUUAAAUUUGAAGACUUCAUUGCAUGUAUGAUACGUUUAGAGACCCUGUUUAAAAUGUUUCACAUUCUGGAUACAGAUAAAGAUGGCAUGAUCAAUCUAUCAUUAUCCGAGUGGAUCUGUACCGGAUUGAUUUAAAGAAGAAGAAAGAACAAGUAAUUGGAAACCAUAGCUGGAAUCUGGGCCCCUGUGACAGCAGUGGACAAGUUCAGUCUCAAACACACA